ACUCCCACCCGGACAUGCUCAACGUGAUGAUUGUGUUUCAACUGCGAAACGCUCAUGAGAAUGGAACGACCGCACAGUGUGAGCUGCGGCGGGCGAUGCAGUCCAUGUCGGCAACCGCUCAACGUUCAACCAUCAGCUUCCAUAGUAUCGAGACGGCGGGCGAGUUAGCGAAUCACCAUGUUCAAUUAUAGCCUGCAGCAUUGCCUCGCGCCUAGGAGGCAAUCACGCUCCUCACUUUCUCGUCGCUAUAAGUAGCACAUGCAUGGCAUCAACAAACGUGCCCUCCUUGGCGGCUGCCUUGGCUUCUUCACUCCUCAUAACGCCGAAUGUAGGACACGGUCUCCUCGCCUCCACACUUGUCUCGUCUGCAUCUCAUACGCUCUGAAAUACCGCGAUGCGAGAGUGGUUGACACUUGCGGAAUUCUUCGUCUGGAUCAUCGGGGUGGCGGUUCUGGUGGUGUGGAACUUGCCCUCAAGCGCGUCGUCCCGGCAGAAUGCUCGACAGGGUAGCUGGAAUACCGAUCUCGAGCAGCUCGAAGCUGCACCAAUCCUCGCAGCUGUGGUGCCGGCGAGACAGCGACGCAGCGCGUUCAAGGCAUACCGACUUACGGGGACCACCUUCCUCAUAGUUCAGGUAAACGACAUCUACUCGGAGCACCCGUACAUCUACGCCAAACUUGUCCCGGAGGCGAACACCAUUCUCGUGCUGGACACAGGCUGCGGCGGCGCUUCGAACGACCGAAAAGUUGAGGUUACGAGUUUGCGCGAGUUCAUGGAGACGGUAGGGGUGGAGGACAACGGCGGCAAGCCGCUGAACGAGGGCGGAAAAAUGCAAUAUGUCGUCGCGUUGAGCCACUGCCAUUACGAUCACAUCCUGGGCGUUGAACAGUUCACCCAUGACUCUCCAAUUCUCCAAUCAUCCCACUCGCCAUCUUUUAUUUCGCGCGAAAGCCUCCCCGUACACUCCCUCUGCGCGGACCUGAAUAUCCGCACACCAUCCUUUCAGUCCGCUCUAAUUCCCCACAACCGGCCACUCCUGUCAGCCUCCGGAGUUCCCCUCGGCAUUGUCCUUCUACACACGCCGGGCCACACGCCCGAUGAACUAGCGCUCUGGGAUGCGGAUGAGCAAAUGCUCUAUGUCGGUGACACAUUAUAUGAAUGGGAGCCCAUCAUCUUCCCGAACGAGGGAGACAUCCGAGCGUGGCUAGAUACCGUGGACGCGCUCAUCACAGUGGUUAUUGCUUCGCAUACACCAGAAGCGGUGUUGAUCAAUUGCGGUCAUAGGUCAGCGAUGAGACCUGCUCUAGAGGUGUUGCGUACGGCGAAGGCAUUUAUGAUGGACGUCCUCUUGGGGAAAGAGCCGAUACGGAAGCGAGCGAAAAGAAGGGGUUUAGACUACGUGGAGUACGUUCAGGCAUCAAGACGGUAUAGCCUGCGAUGUCCAUUGCGUCUCGUCGAGGAGGCGAGAGAUUCCAUUGAGACGAUGUAGUCCAUGUACGAGCUGUGAGACUGUAAUAGUAUGAGAUGCUGGCGAUAUAUGCGGUAAAAUCUUAUGGACCAGAUGAACCUCACGGUCGUGCAUUCUUCAGGACUUCCUGUUCGAGUUGCGCCAGAAAGGCGUCUGCAGCGUUCAUCGGUGUUUCCUUCACUUCCGCCUUCUGUUUCCCCUUGCUACUCGAUUUGGCUUCUAGAGCAGCGAAGGGGCUCAUCGGUGCAGGUGACGGUAUCGCUGGAACUGGUCCGGGACUUGCACCCUCCGCAGGCGCAGACGUUCGGGUGCCGGCAAGCUUCCUUCUCUUUGCAUCCACCAUCUUUCUUCUUUCCUCCAGUUCUCUCUUCCUCUUCUCCAUCGCCCGACUCUUGAUCGGCCCAGAACCUUCCUCUCCGGGCGCCCGCAUGCCGUCCAUCUCCCCAGGCCGAACGUCCGCCGCGCCAAUCUCUUCACGCGUCUUCUCCGUCUCCUCGCGC